GGACGCAUUACUAGGGCGACGGGCCGGACGCCUCCCCGCCUGGGGAUGAAUUAGCGGCGGGUUCUUCCAAGAGGUUGCGACCCCCACGGAUUCCCCAGCUCGCCCACGCGCCCCCCCUCGGCGUCGCGCUUCGGCCCCGGCGGGUCACAGCAAAAUAGAUGUUUCUCUUACGUUAUUGAGGCAAAUAGAGCCUCCUUGUGAUAUUCUCCUGCACACCUGGUGAGAGAUUCCUGCGUGUAUGUUAGAGAAUCAUGGCGUCAUGGAAAGGAAUUUACUUUAUACUCACCCUGUUUUGGGCAAGCUUUUUCGGAAGCAUUUUCAUGCUGGGUCCCUUUCUACCUUUGAUAUUUGUAAACCCAUCUUGGUAUCGCUGGAUCACCAACCACCUGGUGGCAACCUGGCUCACGUUUCCUGUGGCAUUGCUGGAAACCAUGUUCGGUGUAAAAGUGAUUAUAACAGGUGAUGCUUUUGUUCCUGGAGAAAGAAGUGUCAUUAUUAUGAAUCAUCGGACAAGAAUGGACUGGAUGUUCCUGUGGAAUUGUCUGAUGAGAUAUAGCUACCUCAGAUUGGAAAAAAUUUGCCUGAAAGCCAGUCUUAAAAGUGUUCCUGGAUUUGGUUGGGCCAUGCAGGCUGCUGCCUAUAUCUUCAUUCAUCGAAAAUGGAAGGAUGACAAGAGCCACUUUGAAGACAUGAUUGAUUAUUUUUGUGAUACUCGUGAACCACUUCAACUCCUGAUAUUCCCAGAAGGGACUGAUCUCACAGAAAACAGCAAGGCUCGAAGUAAUGAUUUUGCUGAAAAGAAUGGACUUCAGAAAUAUGAGUAUGUCUUACACCCAAGAACAACAGGCUUUACUUUUGUCGUAGACCGUCUAAGAGAAGGUAAGAACCUUGAUGCCAUCCAUGACAUCACCGUGGCCUACCCGUACAACAUUCCUCAGACGGAGAAGCACCUUCUCCAAGGGGACUUCCCAAAGGAGAUCCACUUCCAUAUCCACCGCUACCCCAUAGACACCCUCCCCACAGCCAAGGAGGAGCUCCAGCUCUGGUGCCACAAGCGGUGGGAAGAGAAAGAAGAGAGGCUGCGCACCUUCUACCAAGGGGAGAAGAAUUUCCACUUUGCUGGACACAGUGCAAUUCCACCUUGCAAGUCUGAGUUCAGGGUCCUUGUGGUCAAAUUGCUGUCUAUACUUUACUGGACCCUGUUCAGCCCUGCAAUGUGUCUACUCAUGUAUUUCUACAGUUUUGUCCAGUGGUAUGUGAUGAUCAUGAUCGUCAUCUUCACACUACAAGAGAGAAUAUUCGGUGGACUGGAGCUCAUUGAACUUGCAUGUUACCGUUUUUUCCACAAACAGCCACAUUUAAAUGCAAAGAAAAAUGAGUAGAUUUUAAGGUUCACUGUGUAAAGACCUAGGGGAUAUUUUGGAAAUGUUCUAAGCUUUUGUAAAUGGAGAUGCAUUUGUGCAUGACUAUGUCAAAUAUUUCUACCAUCAUUAUUUGUUAAAGAUUUUUUGCACUUAGUUUUGUGGAAAAAUAUUGCUACACAGGCGAAUUUUUUUUUUUUUUUUUUUUUAGAUCUCUGAAUGUAAUUUCAAUACUGUGCAGCAGGGCGCAAUCUCUGCAAAAUAACUCGGGCCAGAGUAUUAUUAAACAAUCAUCAGGCUGUUAACAGGCAAGGUACACACAGAUUUCUUAAGGCCUGAUCCUGUUUCCUAACAAACUCCCCAGGCAGACCUGGGGCUUAUGUGCACUAGCCUGGGCCAAGUGCUGGUACUGACCAGAGGUGGGAGCCCUUCCUCCUGCCCCUCGCCUGGCUGGUCCCCACACUCCUUUCUGCACCACUCGAACCAUCGCAUCUUCCCCCAGACCAGAAAACGCAAGUUCCUUGCCCUUAAAAUGAUCAACCAUGUUGAUAGGAAGCCCUUCCCUAUUCACCAAGUCUCUGCACUCAGCCCCGCGAGCGACCCAGAUGUCGGAAACCACCCAUGCCCUUUUUUCACAUGGAAAAAUCAGACCUGGACGCGCCUCAGGGAGCAACCGCAGGCUCUCCACUUCAAACCUUAACUCGAAUUUUUUAAGAUAGCAAUUAAGACAAUUUAGCUCUUAGACUCACUCUUGCAUGCUGAGUACUGGUUCAGCGCAGUGCGUUGGCAGGUGUAGCUUUUUCUGCCCUAAAAAUGGCAUAAACCAAGUCACUUACCUUCUUAAAGGGGCGCGCAGAAGAACAUUCUGUUCCUGGGGUCAGAAACUCUCUUUCGAAGGUGUGUCUUUAAAACCUGCCCGGAAAGGGAAGUUACUGUCUCUUGUCCGUGUGCGUGGGCAUCUAACUUCCGCCAUUACAACAACAGUUUGCAGACAAGGCAGAAAUGGUUCACCCUAAAUUAUUCAACCCCCAAAGCCGUGGCAGAUUUUACUCUGACCCCAAAACAAUCACACAAACGUAAAUCCAUCAAUGAUAGCGGAAUAUCUCUCUUUUAUACUAAGGCUUCCUCUUUUCAACAGUAAAAUUUAAAUCUACUUAUGACCAAUUGUUCUCCAAAAUAUUUGUCAAUCGGAGUCUAUGGAAAAUCCAGCAAACCGACAGCACCAGUCUCCUCAGGCAAAAGAACCAUGUGGUCACUGUUUCCACCCCCACGGCUGGGCACUGCUAUGGAUGCCGGGCAGAUCAGCAGAAAGUGGGAGGUAAUUCAAGUCUCUAGCUGUUCACAAACCUUUCAGCUUCCCAAUGGCCUCAAACCACCCUCAAACGCUGUUUACCGAGUCCUGUCUGCUCUCAGCAAGAACUCCUGCUCCCAAAUCCCAUCCCGACUCAUUUCGUUUUGCCCGUCCAGUGACUUACCUGACAAGCCUCAGCUCUGGAAGGUAAGCACAGGAAGCUGGACAAGCGAAGCUUCUUCCAGAAUGGUUGCUGCAGGACACUGUCCACGAAGCAUCCUUUUUAUUGCAGGAGUACGGAGUGAGCGUCUCUGCCGAAUGGCACCACCCUGUAUUUAACUGCUCCCCCAAGGCUGACUUUAAUCCUGCCCGGAGCUACUAAUUAGUUAAUAAGCAUCUACUCCAAACCCAGCUGUGUAACUUCACAGUUUUUAAGGUUGUUUGGGGUUUUUUUUUAACUUUUUUUUUUUCUUAAUAAAAAGUUUGUAGUUUAGGUUUCGCCCAGAUUUCCUUUGAUUCUAUUUGGAAACAAAAUAGUGUAACAAUCAGGAUGGCAUUUGCCCUGGGAAGAAGCAAAGGUUCUACCACAGGUGUCCGUCGUGGAGCUCAUGGUUCCAGGGAUAGCUUCCGUGGGAGGACAUCUCUUACCUCUCUGAACCCUUUUAACAAGAGAUCUUGAAAAAAAAAAAAAAAAGUUUUGAUCAUAAAAAAUAAAAUAAGGUACAAAUUUUGACUACCCAGAAUUCAUAAGCAUUGAAACUGGGGGGAUAUAAACUUUGCAUUUGCUUUUACGAACUAGAAAUAACUUCCAAAAUAAAAAAAUUACAUAUGGGGGAUUUUGUUUCUCUUUUUGCAAGAAGGCUUCUUUUAAGAUUGUAAUAACUGGUGUUUUCCUAAACGUUUGUCUCUGUUAAAGCCUUUUUCUUGUAAUUUUUUUUUAAGAAAUACACAAUUUGGAUCUUAGAGCUAUUUAGCAUUGGUACCAAAAUACCAGGUAGAAAUUAACAUAGUGUCCACCUCAGGGACGAUCCUGUCUCAUCUGGAUCCUCUUCCUGCCCAGCGACCCUGCAGUCCCAGGGCAGCGGAGGGAACUGACACAUUGAUCGUGCUGUAUCUCCAAGUGUUGAGUCUCUUCCAUUCAGAAAUGUUUUAAAUAAAGCAAGUGUGGUUUCUACGGGACUUGAAACUACUUACAAUACACACCUGCAAGCAAGGAUGCUGACGAGGUGCCAAGUUCUGCCGCCAGAUAGCAGAGAUGAAACUAGCCACGUAAUUAUAAACCGCAGUUAAGGAAUAUGGCAAAAGACUAAAGAAAAUAACGUUAGAGCCCAGAGAACGAAUGGAAGCAUGCCUUGUCACGCCGCCACAACACAGAGGAGAAAUACCAGCUGUCCACGGACAUGGAAUCUUUCCGCAGAUCCCCGGCAGGGCUGGAUUCUGCAGUGGAUUUCGCCCGGACUUUCUGCUCUGGCCCCAGCCACCACACUUCUGCACAUGUCAGUGAAGAUGCUAAUGGAGGGAGCCUGCUGGCGUUAAAUUGUUUACAUUUCUUUAUAUAAAUAACGUGCUUUCAGUGCCUUAGUUUUGGUCCCUUUCUUUUUCUUGUUCCAAGAUUUCUCCAAUAUGUAUUUCCUAGGUCAAAGUCUUUCUCCUCUUCACUAGGAAGAAAAUGGUUUAUAAACACUGGUCACGUGGGACACACUGCUUUGUGAAGCCACCUGGAGAGGUGCGUGAAGCUGGGGUAGCGGUUGCCUUAGCUGUUUUUUUGUGCUCUAGAAAACAAAAAUGGUCUUGUCCCAUGAUGAGCUUCAGAUUAGAUAUGGCCCUAAAAUUGUCUUGUACCUACCUUACAUUUUUAUUUUGAAACAGAAUCUUACUUUUGGUAAUUUAUUUUUUAAAAGAUCAUUAUGUGCAGAACACCAAGUUUUAAAAAUAACUCACAGAAUGGCCUUAGUUUUCAAUGUCCACUGGUAAGAUUGUGAGUGUGUUAUCUGUCAUAGACGUCCCAGAAUAAAGUGGAGUGAAUUAAAUAGAAUUUACACCUGUGUUGCGUGUUUGUUUUUUGUA